GGUUUGCUCUGCAGAGACACGGAGGAGCAGGCAGGGAGAGGCAGCUCGGAGGGACCGCGGCGUAGCUCGGGGAGGGACAGACUCCCGCGUGCAUGUGCUCGCAUUUAAGACGGCAUGUGAAACUUGAGCUGCCCACAGCGGGCUAAGGAAGGAGAGGAAAAAAGACACAAGUAUUGUUUUUAGACAGCGCUUUUUUUUUCUCCCCCUGCCUGCGCAAGAGGGGCCGGGGCUGCCGCUCCAGCCAGGCGCACGAUAAAAGGCCUGGGAGGCUGGAGGCUGCUCAGAGGAAAGGCAAGGGAGAGGAAAUGCCUGGACCCCGCUCUUCAGACGGGCUGUAAAGAGCCCCAGGGCUUGUUCUGCGCACGAGCUGCCUGUGCGGGCCGGGGGCCGCGGGACCGGACGGGAGGCUGCACCAUGCGGGGUGUCCGGCUGCAGCUCGUGGCCUUGGCCUGCGUGACGGCGGCUCUGUGGGCGGAGGGCGCCCAGCGGAGGACAACGGAUGGCACCGGCCGGCGCCGAGCCCACCGGGUGCAGCACGGGCAGUGCAGCUACACCUUCGUGCUGCCCGAGGCCGAGCCCCCGCCCUGCCAGCCCCCCGAGGCACCUGUCAGCCCCAACACGCUGCAGAGGGAUGCGCCCGCCAGCGACUGGCCCGUGCAGCGCGUGCAGCAGCUGGAGCGGGUCCUGGAGAACAACACCCAGUGGCUGCUGAAGCUGGAGAGCUACAUUCAGAUGAGCGUGAAGUCGGAGAUGGUGCAGAUGCAGCAGAACGUGGUGCAGAACCAGACGGCCACCAUGCUGGAGAUCGGCACCUCGCUGCUGAGCCAGACUGCCGAGCAGACCCGAAAGCUCACCGACGUGGAGGCUCAGGUCCUGAACCAGACGUCCCGCAUCGAGAUCCAGCUGCUGGAGAACUCCCUGUCCACCAACAAGCUGGAGAAGCAGCUGCUCCUGCAAACCAACGAGAUCCACGCGCUGCAGGGCAGGAACAGCAUCCUGGAGGGCCGGGUGCUGGAGAUGGAGACCAAGCACCAGACGGAGCUGGAGGGGAUCCGCUCCGAGAAGGAGCGGCUGCAGCGCCUGGUGAGCCGCCAGAGCAACACCAUCGAGGACCUGGAGAAGUCCCUGCACGCGGCCAGCAGCAACACCAGCCUGCUCCAGCGCCAGCAGCUGCAGCUCCUCGAGUCCGUGCGCAGCCUGGUCCAGCGGGUCUCGCAGGGCAGAGCUCCCCUGCGGAAGGAGGAGGACAUGUUCCAGGACUGCGCGGAGAUCCACCGCUCCGGGGCCAGCGCCAGCGGGGUCUACACGCUCCACAUCGCCAACAUGUCGGAGCCCAAGAAGGUGUACUGUGACAUGGAGACAGAGCGCGGCGGCUGGACCGUGAUCCAGCUCCGGGCCAACGGCAGCGUGAAUUUCCAGCGGAACUGGAAGGAAUACAGACAGGGCUUCGGGGACCCGGGCGGGGAGCACUGGCUGGGGAAUGAAGCCGUGCACCUCCUGACCAGCCAGGCGCCCUACGCUCUGCGGGUGGAGCUCCUGGACUGGGAGGGCAACCAGGCCUAUGCCCGCUACGGGAGGAUCCAGCUGGCGAGCGAGCAGCACCUGUACAGGCUGACGCUGCGGGGUUACAGCGGCCCGGCGGGGCAGCCCAGCGGCCUGGCCCUGCAGGGCACCAACUUCAGCACCCGCGACGCAGACAACGACAACUGCCUCUGCAAGUGCGCACAGAUGCUGUCUGGAGGCUGGUGGUUUGACGCCUGCGGGCUCUCCAACCUCAACGGCGUCUACUACCCUGCCCGGCACAACAUCCGCAAGCUCAACGGGAUCCGGUGGCCUCACUUCCAAGGGCCCAGCUACUCCCUCAAAGGCACGCGCAUGCUGAUCCGACCGGCUGCCUUCUAGGCCCCCCGGGCGGGCCCGCGUGGUCUGGACCUUGGGCCGCGAGCCCCGGUGGAGAGCGGGCUCCCGGGACCCAGCACAGGAAGCUCUGGGCCUCCAGGGAGAAGGACAAGGCGCUGGGCAGGGUCCAUCGUACCCCGUGGGGGAGCCGCCAGGAGGGCUUAGCCCGGAGCCUGGCUGCUGCUUCCCUCUGCUUGUUCCAGCAAACUCCACAAAGCCCCGUUUCGCCCCCGGCUCCCCCGACCCCGCGGCCCCCAGCUCCGAGAAGCCAGGCCCCGCGGCCGGGAGGGGUGGCCAGGCCUCUCGCGGGUUCUCAGUGGACGAGGGUGUUCGGCCCACGUGCUUGGCCACCGCAGACACGUGUGCACAAGCACACGCACACCCAUGUGCACAUGCACAAGCCGUGCCCCCUCCUGAAGGGAGCCUGGCAUUGCUGCCGGACUGCACGUGGGAGCUGGCGCCGAGAGCAAAGGAGAGCUGGCAGGUUGGCCGAAAGCCGGUGGGAUUGAUGUGAUGGUGAGAGGGGGUGCAAGGAGGGGACCCGGUCUGCAAGAGACGGGGGAGCCCUGGGGGGCCGGAGCAGGACGAAGCUGGAUGUCAAGGUCAGAGAUGAGGAGGCUGGAGGGAUCAAGGGCAGGGAGGAAGGUUGCGGAGAGCCUGGCGGGGUCCCAGGCAGGAGGGGAGCAGCAGGGACGGACCAGACACUGUCUGAACUGGGACGAGUGGCCUGGGGGCUCCUUUUAUUUUGUGGGGUGCAGUGGGGAGAGGGAGCAAGGGGGAGGCUUUAAACCUCCCUCACUGCUCGGUUAUGCUCCCUUCCCCGGGCUGCUCCAAGGCCACGCAGCCCUUGCGUGCGAUCUCCAUGCGAGCGGGGCUCGGGGCUCUCCGUGUCCCGGGGGAGCGUGCCGGAUCGGGGUCACGCAGCGCUGCAGGGGGAGGAGGAGCAGCGUCCGAGCGGCUCCGUGCGUGUGCUGUGGCAGUGCGUUGCAGAGCGGGCCGUGCCCUGGGUGCAGGGUGCGCUGGCCUCCACGCGUGUAUCAGCUCCAUAUAAAGGCCUGCAAUGUAACCAUCA